AUGGGUCGUCGUCUAAUUGCCGCAACUAUCCUCACCUUCACCUUGUUCACCAUCGUCAUCCUUCCCUCCGCGGCCAAGGGAGAAGGCAAAGGUAACAGCUUACAUGUCGGGUUUUACGCUUCGAGUUGCCCCAAGGUUGAGGACAUUGUUGCUGAGGUUGUGGCCCGUGUUCAUGAGCAAGAUCCCAAGCUCCCUCCUGCCCUCCUCCGCCUUUUUUUCCAUGAUUGCUUUGUCAAGGGUUGUGAUGCCUCGAUCUUGUUGGACGCGACACCAUCUGGUGAGCCUAUAGAGAAAACAUCACCAGCCAAUGGUGAAACACUCAGAGCCGGCCUACCCCGUCACAAUGUCCCAGCCGAUCGCCGUGAUAGUAGGACUUCACGUGCUUCUGAUGUCAAUGUCAACCUCCCUACAACUGUAACGCCUCUGGGAGACAUUAUAGACAUGUUCGCCAAAAGAGGCUUGACAACAGAAGAUAUGGUUGUCUUGUCCGGUGUACACUCCAUUGGCGAAACACAAUGCACCCAAAUUGAAGACAGAUUAUACAAAUAUAGCAAAGCUCAGCCCCGAGACCCUUCCCUGGACCCAACCUAUGCUGAUGAGCUAGCCGGAAAGUGCCUAGCACCAGACACAUUACCUGCGGAGCAAGCAUUAUUUACAAUGGUGGACUUUGAUCCAACAACACCACUUGACCUCAACAAUCAGUACUAUGUGAACCUGAUGAGAGGGAGAGGCUUGCUUCAAUCGGAUCAAGUACUGAUUACUGAUCCCCAAACCGGAGCAAUUGUGUACAGAAUGGCCGCUAGCUCUGAAACUUGGAGUAAAAAUUUUUUCAAGGCAUGA